AUGCUCUCCAAUGCUAAGCUUCCUUUUCUGCUCGCUGCGUCGGUCAGCUUGGUCGCUGCUCAGAAUCUAGCACCCACACCCUCCUCAAGUGCGGUGAUCAAUGGGAUGUGCGCUGAUCAAAAAAUUGUCGAUUCAUGCGUCGCGGCUAUGAAACUAGGACUGGACAGUUGUUCCAACGAUAACUGGGACUGCAAGUGCUCGGGUCAAGCAAAUAUCGCCAACUGCUACGUCAAUUGCCCCAAUGUCCCAGCUGCAUGGUCUGCCCAGCUGGCGAGUGAAAAGGACUGUGCCACGGCGAACCACUACGAUAAGGGUAUUACGGACGUGCCCGCCACCUGGACUACCCCCGGCCCUCAAACCACGACAGUAAUCCCAACAGAUGUCUCCGUCCUUGGUGAUAACCCCACUACGACCAUGAAUAAGGCUGAAGAGACGGCGAAGCCGUCCAAUGGGGCUGCACCUGGGAAGGCAGCUGGUAGCUGGUUGGCUCUCGUUGGAUUGGGGCUUGGAGUUGUAUUUUGA